UAACCCAAAUUUUUUUUCGAACUAAUUUUUUCUAAUAUUUUCAAUGUUUAUGAUUUAUACUUAGAAGUUAGAAGUAUUUAUUAACUUUAUUAUUCAAUAGCACAGCGAACUAAUGUUCAAGGCUCUAUGUUGUGUACUCGCGUUCUGUGCAAUGAGAUACUUAUUUUGUAGAAGUAUAAAUUCAAAACUACCGAUACUUUCAGAUUAAAAAAUGGACUAAAUAAGCAAAUUCAAACAUGUGACUUUCUGUAGUGUUCAAGCUGGUAAAUAAAGUUGAAGAAGAUGCACUACUUUUAAGGAAAACUUGGUAUUUGAGGUGAAGAAAUAAGCAAAUCCGACAAAACCCAACAAGAAAGGAGUAGGAUUGAGGGUAAAAAUGAGAAAUCUUUCAAGUAUUUCUGUAGUUUUAAUGGUGUUUUGUUAUGGGUUUUUGUGUAAUGCUGAUUUGCUUGAGGAUGAUAUGAGAGCAUUGUUGGAUUUCGUGAAUAAAGUACCUCAUUUACAUGCUCUAAAUUGGAGUAUAAGUUCUCCAAUUUGUAGUAAUUGGACAGGAAUUACUUGUAAUGCUGAUUCAACCCGUGUGAUUGGGGUUCGAUUACCGGCUGUUGGGUUUAGUGGGGAGAUUCCAGCUAAUACGAUUGGGCGGCUAUCGGCCUUACAAGUAUUGAGCCUUAGAUCGAAUCAAAUCAGUGGUACAUUCCCUUCUGAGUUUAGUAAUUUCAAAAAUUUAUCAAUGUUGUUUCUUCAGUUUAAUAACUUUUCUGGUCCAUUGCCUGAUGAUUUCUCUGCUUGGGAGAAUCUGAAUGUACUAAAUUUGUCGAAUAAUCGUUUUGAUGGGAGUAUUCCCAAGUCGAUUUCAAGGUUAACCCAGCUUUCUGCUUUGGAUUUAGCUAAUAAUUCUCUAUCUGGUGAGAUUCCUGACUCAGAGUUACCCAGUUUACAAGUUUUGAAUGUAUCAAAUAACAAUCUUACUGGCUCUAUUCCGAAGUCAUUGGAAAGGUUUCCAAGAUCAGCAUUUGUAGGAAAUGAUGUUAGUUUAUCGAAUUCUUCGGUUGAGCAGUCUAAUAUGGCGCCCUUACCUGGGGUGAAGCCAUUGAAGACUAGGAAUUGGUGGAGGAAGGCUUGGUUUUUGGCAACUGUAAUUGUGUGUGGUGUUCUGGGGUUUGGAGCAUUUGGGUUUCUGUUCUUUGCUUGUUGUUUGAGAGGAAAGAGUGAGGAUUAUCAUGAUGGUUUUAGUCGGAAAUUUCCCAAGGGAAGCAUGUUCCCUGAGAAAGUAAUAUCGGAUAGCCAUGAUUCGAGGAAUAGACUCAUUUUCUUCGAGGGUUGUAGUUAUGCAUUCGAUUUGGAAGAUUUGCUUAGGUCUUCUGCUGAAAUUUUGGGUAAGGGGAGUUUCGGUAUGUCUUAUAAGGCGAUUUUGGAGGAUGCAAAUGUUGUGGUUGUGAAACGGUUGAGAGAAGUGAGCGCAGGGAAGCGAGAGUUUGAGCAACAGAUGGAUUUGAUUGGAAGCAUUAGGCAUGAAAAUGCUGUUGCACUUCGAGCUUUUUACUAUUCCAAAGAUGAAAAACUUAUGGUGAAUGAUUACUGCAGUCAAGGGAGUGUCUCCGCAAUGCUUCACACGCAAAGAGGAGAAGACCGGAUUCCUCUUCCUCUUGAUUGGGAAACACGGUUAAAGAUUACGUUAGGAGCUGCAAGAGGAAUUGCUCAUAUACACACAAUCAAUGGCGGAAAAUUCGUGCAUGGUAACAUUAGAUCAUCAAAUAUCUUCCUCAACAAUCAGAAAUACGGCUGUGUUUCAGAUUUUGGUUUAGCCACAGUAAUGAGCCCAUUAGCUCCACCUAUUGCUCAUGCUGCUGGGUAUAGAGCCCCUGAAGUGACAGACACUCGAAAGGCAACACAAUCAUCUGAUGUCUACAGUUUUGGAGUAUUUUUACUUGAGCUUCUUACUGGAAAGUCGCCAGUCCAUACGACUGUUGGUGAUGAACUCGUGCAUUUGGUUAGAUGGGUUCAUUCAGUAGUCCGAGAGGAGUGGACUGCUGAAGUAUUUGACCUCGAAAUCCUGAGAUAUCCACAUGUCGAAGAAGAAAUGGUCGAGAUGUUACAAAUAGCAUUGAGCUGUGUGGCUCGCGUUCCUGAUCAGAGACCGAGAAUGUGUGAUCUGGUAAAAAUGAUUGAGGAAGUUCGGCAUGCUCUUGCUGAGUUUCAUACUGAUACUGAGUCCGUGCCAAUUCCUCCACAAUAGACAGUUACUCUUGUUAUUUUGAUUCCUGUUUUUGAUUCAUAUUUGUUUCCUCGCGUCAUUCGAAUCAAUGGUAUCUAUGCUUUAUUUUUGGCCUAUAAUUUAGGAAGAAUUUAGAUCAAAUUCUGAGAUAGUUGAGUGUUCUUCCACCCUCAUAGUGUAGGUGUUUAGUUGUAGAAGAACAUGUUAUACUGAAGGACUUUUGUUCAUUGUGCACCCUUUCUGUUUGUUGAUGUUUGUUGUAAUUCCAUUUCAAGCAGUUUUGAAAUGAAUCUUUUAAUUUUUUUGUGAU